AUAUAGUUUGUGCCGUCAUCGUCAUCCUCACCUCGUUAGUCGUCAAUCAAAUCAAAAUAAAUAAUAAUUGUGAAAUUUCAUUUAUUCCUUUAAAAAAUUGAAUUAAAAUAAGAAGCAUAAAUUAAAAUGAGUGCUUUAUUUAAUUUUCAAAGCUUGUUAUCUGUGAUACUAUUAUUAAUAUGCACCUGCGCUUAUUUAAGGUCCUUCUUUCCAAGUAUUAUGGAUCGGAAUAAAACUGGGUAAGUUAUAUGGUAGAAUGCUAAGAACAAGUAACAGAAGGUAAUAAUAUUAUAUGUAAACAUAUAUCGCUAGAAACACUUAUUAUAUUUUCAUAUACAUUAUAUUUUCUUGCCGAUAGACUUAUCUAAUUUUAUCUUUACUUAGUAAUUCCGAAAUUUUAGUGUACUUAUAGGUAAUCUAUGGUGUGUGAUAUAUCAUAACGUUAGCAGUUAGCUAUGAAAUUUAUGAAUAUGAACCACAAAAGAAGUACAAGAACAUGAACCUUAGUCUUUAGUUUAGUUAGUAUAUUAAACGGACUCAUCUGCGUUUAUAGAAAAAAAUCUAAAGAAUAACUCUUUCUUGAUAAUCGCUUUGGUAGAGUUUCAAAUAAUAAAGAUUAAUUUAAUCUUAUCUAUACAAAUAAAUAAAAUUGAAGUGUCUGUUUAUAAUGUCAAAAUAACAGCUUUUUACUAAAUGCAUAUGAAAGUAUUUACAGUACUUAUAACAAUUUUUAAAUAUUUUGUCUGUUUCUCUAUCUGUUUGUUCUGGACGCCACACACAUUUUUUACCCUAAAAUUACUAUUCGUUUCAGUAGUGAUGUACCUACUAUGUAAUAUGCAUAUAAUAAAACUCUUUUAAACUUAAGUUUGGCAAUAUUACGAAGAAGUACAGAAAAUAAACUGAUCAAAAUAAGCAAAAUACAUUAAUAUGAAUGUUAUUUCACCUAUCAAUAAAGAUUUAACACCAAAAUGCUUUUAGAAUGUGGAAUACGGAUUAAGUAUUUUAGCGCAACUAGUUGACGCCUUAAAGUGUCAUUUGCGACAUCAUUGAGUAUUUUUAACAGAUAUUGGCUACAUUUAAAGUGAUGUAAGUGACUUUCCUUGAAAUUUGCAGGAAGUCGAUGGAUGCAGGUGGCUCAGGACCGUGCUUUGUGGCAUUCUUUGGGGGAGGCCUAUGUUCAGCAGUGGACUUGUGAAGGGCUGUAAUGAUGAAUGAAUGAUAAUGAAGUGACUUUAUUGAUGUAAUAAUAUACUUUAUACAGGUUACUACAUUAGCAAAUAGCACCUCUAAAAUGCCCCUAAUUUGGACUUUUUGUAAAAGCAAUUUUGAUUCUAUUAUGAUUUUCAGAAAAGCUGAUUUUUGGAUCUGCUUUGUUCUGAAUAAUGACUUUAUAUUUAUUAGGGGCGCCUAUAUAUUUAUAAGUGCUACAGGUAUAGGAAGUAUAUGGCCUAUACUUGGAGCACAACUCCUUGCUAUUAAUAUUUACCAUAUACAGGGUGUUAGUGAAAUGCUCCCAAAACUGAAGACUGAUGAUAGUAUUAACGAUACCUUUGAUGAUGGGUUAGAAAGUAAUUUGAUCCUGAGGAAAAAAAAUCAUCUUUUUCACAGCGUUUUAUUAACUUUAUUCAUGCUCCAUCAUGUUAGUACAGCUCAAUGAAAUGAUAAAUUCAUAAAAAAAUCAUGAAAAUACUUAAACACAGCAGUGAAACUUAAAAUAAAAUCGGCUGACAAUAGGGUCAAUAUUCUCACGGACACCAAACUCUUAUGCGAAACAAUACCUACCCACUCUUCCCUUCCCUUUCACACAGGCGCUACUGCCGCCUGGCCGGCUCGUGUGGCCUCGUGCUGUGGAAUUUGCACAUGUCAGCUUGGCCAACAAUUGGGGAAUCCCCAAAAUUUGGGGGGAAUUUAAAGUUGGUUGGGGAUUGGUAUUAUCCGGGGAAAAUACAGGGAUUUAGAAAAUCAAUAAAAUUUAGAAAAUAACCAGGGCCAAGUCAGAACCUUUUUUCAAGAAAUCUAAAUACUUAUCUUAACAUUUUGUUAGGUUACUUAUGAAUAUCGAAUAGCUCCCUUUUUUUUAAUUAUCUUAAUUGCACCACAUUUAAUUUUCGGACUUCAUUCGGCAAUUUUGUGUAUCAUUUAAUACUUUUCAUUUCUUUAUUUUUUAAUUUUAACCUUUAAGUACCGACGUGCGGUCUGUGAGGCCCCAGCAGGCACUUGACUUGCUAGUUUACCCCUUUCCCCGCGUAAUACCGGUCCCCGCUUUUAAUUAGCUGCAAGGACAGUGCUCACGUUAACGUCAAAGCAGGAAGUGGUGACGUCUCAUGCGCAUUUGAUAUUGUGAAUUAUGAAUAUACUAGAGACUUUAAGUUGUAAAAGAAAUAGUUCUGCGAUAGAUUUACAACAAUCAAAGAGAUCUGAACCCCGUGAACUAAGGAUGAGUUUGGCUAAAGUACUUGGUUCUGAUAAGCCAGAGACAUCUGAAGAUGAAGCUGAGGAAGUCAAGACACGAAAGACUUGUCUCUCAUGUCAACCUAAACUGAAUAGAAAAUCGAUAUAUAGAUGAUAUUUGAGCAAAAAAACACGUUUCUUUACAGUGCGCGAAACAAGUGUGCCUUGCCUGAGCUUAGAUUUUAAGGUGUAGUUGGACUGUGGUCAUUUUUUUCCAGCAGGUUUAUGUUCCUAUUUUUUUUUAAAAUAAAAGUUAUAUAAGUCAUAAGUAAGAAAUACUAUUUUUUGUUAUUCUGAGAAGAUUAUUCUUUGUGUUUUGAUUUUUUAUAUCUAAUAGUCUAAUUUUUCCCCAAAAUUCAAGCGAAAUAUUAUUGUAGUCUUAUACUUAAAAAUUUAAUAAAGUUGAAUUCCUUUU